UCUGGAUUGUGUUCUGCGAUAAUACCCAUGUCUGACUCCUUUGCCGAUCUCUGGAAUGCGACCGCUCCCGUCAAGCCCGCCGCAGCACCUCCUCGUACCCUUGGUUCCUCCCCAUCUCCAGCCAACGGCCGGUCACCCCCUCCAAAGACCGACGUCUUUGCCGCCUUAGCCGGCUCGCGACCGAUCACGCCGGCCCAGUCUCAGGCCCGCAACAAUGCUGCCAAACCGCCCCAGCAGGGCACGACCAAACCUAUCAGCACGUCCAGGUCUGGCGAUGCUUUCGGCGACCUCUUCCAAUCAACCUUGGGUUCCGGCCCGGGAGGUGCAGGGAACCCGAACAUGACAAUCGCUGAGCGCGCUGCGAAGGCGGAGCAGGAUAGAUUGAGGCAGCUAACGCAGCAACAAGAGGCGAGGAAGGCGAACGCACAGACAUGGGCAGGCUUGGAUAGUCUCGGCAUGAGCUCAGCUUCGUCCUCAAUACGCGCGCAGAUCCCGACUCAAUCCGUCCCGCCGGCGGAGGAUGACGAUUGGUUGUUUGGGUCGACGUCGACGUCAAACACCACCAACGCGUACGCCGCCAAGUCCGCUCCUGAAGCAGCUGCCGAAGACUGGGGUCUCGACGACGCAUUCACCUCCUCCGUCCCCGCUCGUCCUAAACCAGUCAAAGCAAACGCAGCCCCUGCCACAUCCUCCAGCUCUUCCCAACUCCAAUCUAUAUGGAGCCUUGAAGACGAUCAUCCUGCUGCAUCCUCAUCGUCCCAUGUACCACGAGCACGCGUACGUUCCGACUCCCCGAGCAAUGACUUCGAUUUCGGAAGUCGCGAGGACCGACUACUCGGGCACGAGUCGGAUGAUGACGAUCAUGGAGAUGAUCUUCUGGGCUUCGGCAAACCUGCUGGCAGUCGUCCGCGGCGAGGGCAGGCUCCCGCUCGACAGUCGGCCUCUCCCGCGCUUGAUUCGCGGCCCGCUCCAUCGUCCCGGGCAGCGUCGCCGCCGCCCCAUCUCGUUGGGCAAUUGGUCGAAAUGGGCUUCGCACCGCAGCAAGCGCGCAGCGCCCUGAUUGCGACCGCCACGGAUAGCGGCUUCAAUGUCCAGACGGCGGCCGAGAGCCUGCUCUCCUUUGACGACGACGACCAGCCCUCCGGACAGUCUGCCCUCGAUGCUCGACCUCGGCCUCCCGUAACGUCCGGAGAUAGCAACAGGGCCCGGCCCCUCCGAGCUGAGAACCGGCGCCAAAGUCCCGCAGGUGCUGGCGAGGAGCCUGAUAGCGGCGAGUUCCUUGCACAGGCGAGCAAGAUUGGUUUCAGCAUGUUUAGCAAGGCGAACGCGCUGUUGAAGGAGGGUCGGGAACGUGCACAGAAGGCCUACGAAGAAGCGGCGAAGGCUUAUGAGGAGAGCAAAGCCGCGAGGGGUGGAGCGGGGAGGAGCGGCACACCGGCUUCUACUCGCACAGACGGAAGACCGAAAUGGAUGCAAGACGCAGCUGAGAGGGAGGUUCGAGAAGGAGAAGAUGAAUGGGGCUUACCUACUAGCUCGAGCAAGGAUCGUGUCGCAGGCGAGGCGCAGCGCGACCAGGGCCGACGAAAACCUCAACCGGCACAGGAAAUUGAGCGCAAACCAGAGGUCAAGACGGAUGACUUGCUGUCCUCCGAUGCACCUACGGCAUAUGUCUCGCCUUUCCGACACCGCUCACGGCCCAAGCAACCCGCUCAAGUAGCAACUCCGCCUCAAGCUUCUCCUCCGACUACCCAACCAUUGCGUCGAUCGGCACCGCCGACACCCUUACAAGCACGCAACUUCCCUACCGCAUCAUCCUCCGCAAUCUCCACCGCCGUUCGCCAUAAGGACGUGGGUGCGUCGAAGUUCAAGCUUGGUCAAUACGCAGAUGCCGUCGAUGCGUACACCCGCGGCAUCGAUGCACUGCCGUCAGGACAUAUUCUCCUCGUUCAGCUGCUGAACAACCGCGCCCUCGCUCGGAUUAAGGUCGGUGACGGCAAAGCGGCUGCAGACGACUGCACUGCGGUGCUCACCAUGCUCAAUGGCUGGGAUCCCAGCCGCGAAGAACGGAUCGUGAAGCUCACAAUCCAGUCAUCCAACUCCAGCAAUCCCGCGAGCAAUGCUUCCGGGUUUGACGCCCUGGAUGCGCUUAAUGGUGGCCUGGAAGCAUCCAACAGUUCGCUAGCAAAAGGAGGUACCCGUAAUAUUGAGAUCGACCUUGCGGAUGGGAUAGCGAAGGCGCUUAGACGUCGCGCCGAAGCUUACGAGGCGUUGGAGCGUUGGUCACAGGCGCGUGAAGAUUGGGAGAAGCUCGCCGGAACGGGCUGGGUUCCGUCCAACACGAGGUCGGAGGCCUUACGCGGUAUUGGUAGAUGCAAACGCGGCGAGGCGCCGCCAGAGGCUUCCUCGUCCAAGGCCGCGCCGAAGAGUAAGCCCGCUCCGAAGCCUGCCCGGCCUUCGCCCAGACGGGGCCCUACCCCCCCUUCGGCCGCUCUUCAACGCCUCCAGGCUUCCAACGCCGCGCAGGAUGCGGAGGAGAAUCAGCGCGCGGAGCUGAAGGACACUGUGGACGCGCGGCUGCUCGCGUGGAAGAGUGGAAAGGAGACCAAUUUGCGGGCGCUCAUCGCGAGUCUCGAUAUGGUACUUUGGCCCGAGCUCGGAUGGCAGAAGGUUGGUAUGCAUGAGCUCGUGAGCCCUGGUCAGGUCAAAGUGCGAUAUGUUAAGGCGAUCGCAAAGGUGCAUCCGGAUAAGUUAAACGUCAACAACACGACUUUGGAGCAGAGGAUGAUAGCAAAUGGUGUAUUCGGGGCUCUGAAUGAAGCAUGGCUUGCCUUCAAGCAAUAGCCGGCGACGAACAAAGAUGCGGCAGUAGCAAAUUGGUUGUAGCUCAUUGUCCUCUAGAACGGUGAUUU